AUUAGGCGUCUCUCCCUAACAUGAUUUCUGACAUUUUUGUCUCUCUUUCUCUAAUUUGAAGUAUAAAUGUGAACUCCUGCCCUCUCUCUCACUACAUAUAUUUGCUAUUCUGUCCCUCUCUCUUUUUUUUUUCUGAGAAAUCACUCCCUCUCUCUGCUGUGGUCUUCUGCUUUUGCUGCUCCAAAUGGGUUCAGGAUUAGGUUUGAGGGUUAUAAGCUGCUCUCUUCUUCUCUUCUUUUAUAACUGUCAACCUGCUCUUACAGCUGAAGAUGUUGAUGCUCUCCUCCCCAAUGGCAACUUCGAAGACCCACCAAAGCCAUCAGAUCUGAAGAAGACUGUGAUCCAAGGCAGAUUCUCUCUCCCCAAAUGGGAGAUCCACGGCCUCGUCGAAUACAUAUCUGGCGGCCCUCAACCCGGUGGCAUGUUCUUCGCAGUUGCGCACGGUGUCCACGCUGUGAGGCUUGGAAACGAGGCCUCGAUCUCUCAAUCCAUCCCUGUAAAGAAUGGGUCUCUCUAUUCCCUCACUUUCGGCUCUUCGAGAACUUGUGCGCAAGACGAAGUGUUAAGGGUCUCUGUUCCCCCUCUGUUGGGUGAUUUGCCAUUGCAGACGCUUUACAGCAGCGAUGGAGGGGACACUUAUGCUUGGGGGUUCAGGGCCACUUCCAAUGUUGCAAAGAUCACAUUUCACAAUAUUGGGGCGCAGGAGGAUCCGGCUUGUGGCCCUUUGUUGGACGCCGUUGCUAUUAAGGAGCUGUUUCCUCCAUUUCCAACUAAAGACAACCUGGUAAAGAACGGAGGCUUCGAAGAGGGCCCCCACGUUUUGAAGAACUCAACCUCCGGUAUCCUCCUCCCUCCCAAGCAAAAUGACAUCAACUCCCCUCUCCCAGGUUGGAUCAUAGAGUCCAUCAAGGCCGUCAGAUACUUGGACUCUCACCAUUUCACCGUUCCCCUCGGCGCUGCCGCCGUCGAAUUGGUGGCAGGGAGAGAGAGUGCAAUCGCUCAACUCAUAAGAACAGUGCCCAAAAAGGUUUACACUCUUAGCUUCAUAGUGGGUGAUGCUAAAAAUGGGUGCCACGGAUCCAUGCUUGUUGAGGCUUUCGCAGGGAAGGAUACAGUGAAGGUUCCAUUUGAAUCGAGGGGGCAGGGGGGUUAUAAGGUUGGGAAGAUGAGGUUCAUGGCGCUUGAGCCAAGGACUAGGAUCACUUUCUUCAGCUCGUUCUAUCACACUAAGGUUGAUGAUCCUGGCACCAUGUGUGGUCCUAUUGUGGAUGAGGUUAAGGUCUCUCCUGCUUAGAGAGUGGUGGUGUAGAUAGUUUUGUGCUUUUACCAUCUCUCUCUCCCAAAAGCAUUGUUUUGAAAGAAGAGUUUUAUAGAGCGAUAGUACUUACAAGUGGGGUGGGUAUGUUGUAAGUUUUUAUUACAGUGAUCUUGCUACAAUGGGUAUGUUGUAAGUUUUUGUGAUGAUGCGUGUGGUUGUCU